AUGAAUAUUGCUUGGGAAGAACAUGAAGCACGAUUGAAUGAAGGAGAUAUGAAACACCGUUCAGUUCUUAAUGUUAUAUUAUGGUCUUUUGGGCAAAUUCCAGUUGAAAUGCCAAAUGAAUUUACACAUCGUAUUAAUAUUAUUUUCUUAUUGUUGCUUAUUGAAGAAGGGAUUGAUUAUACUACAGCAUUAGCAAUUUUUUCAGUGGUUAUUCUUGUAUGUUCAAUUCUUGGAGGAAUUAUAAACUUUGUUAUCCUUUGUUUUGCUGUGCGAUAUGCAUGGAAAAAACAAACGAUUAUUGUUAUUGCAGCAUUUUUCUUAAUUUUCAAUAUUGCAGCAUGUUGGAUUUAUCAUUAUUCAGCAUUUGCUAUUUUAUUAUUCUUUACAGCAUGGUUACCACAAGCAGCUAUAGCAAUGCAUGGAUCACAAGUACCAUUUAUUUCAACAACAGAUUUACAUCAAUUUGCAGACCAUUUAUCAAUUUUGAUGUCAAUGAUAACAGGAAAUCUUUAUAUUUAUAUUGCUCGUAUAUUACCUAAUUUACAAUAUUUUAAUUCUAAUACUCAAGCCCUUGCUAAACUUGGAUCUUCAGAAGUUAUUAAACCAACAGGAACAAUUUAUAUUACUACUGGAAUUUGUGUGUUUGGACUUCUUUGUCUAAUACCUUAUUUAUUUUUACAAGAACAUUCAACAAAACCACCAAUUAAAUCAUUUAGAUAUAACUUUCUUUAUAUUUUUAAUGAGUUUAUUACAAUUAUUGGUGAUAUGAUUCAUGAAAAGAAUUUUCUUUUAUUACUAGUUUGUAUUAUUGGAAUUCAAUAUGGACCAUUGUAUGUUUCAAUUCUCUUCUCUACUGUUCAAUCAGAUAUUUUCCAUACUUCAGAAUUAAAUCUUGAAAUUAAAGAAAAUAUAUUCUUCUAUAUGUAUUUCAUUUGUUUCUUUAUUGUUCCUCCAAUGUUACAUAAAUGGGGUCCACGAUUUAUGAUGUUAAUAAUGCUUGGUGCAACAAUAAUAGAAACUACUUUACAAAUGGUUGUAGUAUUUUCUGAGCCAUUAAGUUAUGUUGCGUGUGUUUGUUGUGGAUUUGUAAACGCUUCAAUGAAUGUAACUAUAAGAAGAUUUAUUUAUGAGAACUGUACAUACGAAACUAUUUCAAUGCACUAUGGUGUAGUUACAAUUUUAAUUAAAAUUAUGAACUCCGUUUCAGUAUUAUUAUCUUUGAUUUAUUCAUUCCAAGAAAAUACUUAUUAUUUUAUUAGAUACUUUUUAGUUAUUUGUAUUUUCUUCAUUCUGGCUUGUAUUGGAAUAAUAUGUGCUGUCUUUACAAAAGAUCACCAUAAAGAAUAUGUUUUAGGUUUACGUCCACCUUAUCUUAGAUACAAAAUUGUUGAAGAAAAAGAUUAA